AUGGCCACGUUGACGGACCUUUUCCUUUGGUUUGGGCUGUUGUACAUCUCGCAGGUUCAUGGAGUUGCCAAGUUCACAAACAUCGAGUGCUUGAGUGUAAAUGAGAACUUUACUAGCAUUUCUUUGUGCCGAUUGUACGCCGUGAAGAGGGAUGUGGUAGAAAUGAGCUUGAGGGCCAAUAUACUUCAGUGGCCAAAAGGUGCUGUAUCGAUGCGGAUGCAGCUGCUGAAGAAGGCCAGUGGCUAUAAGCCUUUCCUAUACAAUAUCUGCCAGUCGGAUAUCUGCGAGUAUCUGGAGAAACGCAAUCAUCCGUUUAUAAAUAUCAUUCUCAACAGUUUCGGAAAUAGAACCAAUGUGAACAAGUGCCCGAUUCCACCUGAAAUUAUUUUGGAGCACUUUCGCUUUCCGGUGAAGGUCUUGGACAUUAUGCCCCUGCCAUCUGGGGACUAUGGACUGUUCACCACCUUCAGUUUCCACCAAAAGGAACUGGCCCAGGUUAAGGUGUACUUUACACUUACAGAAUAUCGCUAA